AUGGCAAUAAAUGUUCCAGUGAGUGCAGUUCCAGCAAUGACAGCCCUGCUAAACCCGAAGGCAUCACUCUUCGGCGGAGCCUCGGGGGUAGGCUCCGCCGACGGAGUUGGAGUAGCCAUGGUUGGUGCCGGCGGUGAAGCCACACUAGGACCUGGAGAUGGUGACUUGGGAGAAGGAGAUGGUGAUGGGGUAUGUGUAGGGGUCGGAGAUGGAGAUGGUGAUUUGGGUGACGGAGCCGGAGCGGGGACUGGUGUCGGAGUUGGUGGCGCAACCACUGGGGACGGUGAUGGUGUGGCGGUGGGUGAGAUUUUUGGUGCUGCCCCUGGAGCUUGUGCUAUGCAUGAAGUGGCGAAAAGAGCCAAAAGCAUGAAGAGUUGGAGACCUGAAGAAGAACCCAUCUUCAAAGAAACAGCAAAGCAAAGAAUAAGUCAUGAUUAA